CAUUUCCAUAUGUCUCUAUUCCUCUCUCUCUCUCUGCGGACUCUUGUACCUACCCUUUCUUUGUUCUCUUCCACUCCCAAGCAUAAAUACUUCAUAACUUCUCUAUCAGACUAUCACUCACCUCUCUCUGCUCUCUCUCUCUCGCUCUCUCUCUCUAAUAAAUCUCUCUCCAUAUCACUCCGCUCUCUUUUACAAGUUACAAAUCGAUCUGUCUCUCUACUGCAACAAUAUACAGCUAAAACGACGACGCUAUGUGGGCUUUCAUGAUGAGCUGGUUCACACCCACCGUCCUCUUCUGCGUACUGAACCUCGUGAUCGGCACAAUAUUCAUCACUUCAAACUUGAACAAACAUCAACAUCAACAAUUCGGUGAAGGCCACUCCCCCCGACUCGUCCGAGUCCCGUCUCUGUUAGAACGAGUCAGGUCAUUCGAUUUCUCUCUCUACAGAGCACUAGACAAUCAUCAUCAUCAUCAUCAACAUCAACAACAACAGUUUGGCGAAGGCCACUCGCCCCAACUCGUCCGAGUCCCGUCUCUGCUAGACCGAGUGUCGUCAUUCGAUUUCUCUCUCUACAGAGCCCAAGACUAUCAUCAUCAUCAACAACAACAACAGUUUGGUGAACGGGACUCCCCCCAACUCGUCCGAGUCCCGUCUCUGCUAAACCGAGUCAGGUCAUUCGAUUUCCCUCUCUACAGAUCUGAACAGCCCGAACCAUCACCGCCCGAUACCCAACACACCAACCCAGCUCACCAUCAAACCCUGGACCAACACCCCAGUCAGCAGGAUCCAGACCAUCACGUGAAAAGAAGCAAGUCCGACGCGAGCGGCGAGACUCCGUCCAGCCCUCCGGCGAAGGUGACGAAGUCGGCGAGCGAGAAGUCAGUUUUUCCGAAAUUCGAGGAGGUGGAGGUCGUUGAUCAUGAGCUGCCGGAGACGAAAGAGAAGGGUAGUGAUACGGCGUCGUUAAAGGAAGACGAAGCGGUUGAUGCAAAAGCUGAUGAUUUUAUCAACAGGUUUAGGCAACAAUUGAAGAUGCAGAGACUUGAUUCAUUGAAGAGGUUCAAGGAUAUGCUAAGCAGAGGGUCCGGGCACUGAAAGGGCUUUUUGAUCUUUUUCUUUUGGUCCUUAGAGUUAGAGAUCGAGCUAAUUGUUUUCUAUAUAGGGUUUUCCAUAAAUAAUGUGGGUUUUCCAUAAAUAAUGUGGUUGAUUUCUGAACGUGGUUUUUGCAUGUUUGUUGCCAAAUAUGC